AUGUCCGACCCGUUCUCGCUGCCGACGCCCUCUUCCCUUGACCUGACGAUCGGCGCCGAGCUUGUCGGACUCGGCGUCUCGCUCGCGCUCUAUGGCGCGACGACCGGCCAACUGUUCUGGUACUUCCGGAAGCUCGACGGGUUGAGCCUGAGGAAGUGGAUGGUCUACUACGUCGUGGUGCUAUGGUCGUUGGGAACCGCGCAAGCCGUGCUUUCCUCAUACCUGCUGAGCAGAUACCUCGUAGUCGGAAGAGGUGACCUUCCUGCCCUCUUCGGCUGCACGAAGCUUUACGCAGCAAAUGCCAUAUCGUCGGACAUCAGCAGCGCCAUGGUCCGGCUUGGAUACUUCUACAGGAUCUGGAAAUUCAACCGCCAGCGAUAUCUCAUCUUGAUUGUUCUGGGUGUUGUCUUGACAUUGCUAGUGACUGCAUUGUCGCUUCUCUUCGGCAUCGUCUCAACCCGCUUUGAAUUCUUCUGGCAAAUACCGCAGGCGCAUCUGACCUGGACGUUCUUCCUCUCGGCCGGUGCGCAGAUCACCGUCGACUCGAUGAUCUCCUUCGCCGUCUUCGCUUCCUUCCUGCGGUUCUACUCUGGGGUCAAAAGAUUGGACCUGUUGAUCCGGACCAUCGUAGUCUUUGCACUCAGCACGGGCUCGCUCAACGUUCUCCUUUCGACCUGCAGCAUCAUCCUCUUCAGCGUGGUUCCGAUGAGCUACGUGUUCAUCGCCGUGUACUGGGUCUCGUGCCAGCUCCAGAUCUGCUCGUUCCUCGCCGUGCUCAACGCCGAGAAGGAGCUCGUGCACCGCUCGCUGAACCACGCCCAGCUCGCGCGCGGCACGGCCGGGGAGACGAUCCAGUUCACGACGAGGGUCGAGCUCGGCUCGUUCCCGGGCACGCCGCCGCCGUCGGUCGACGCCGGCGGGGAGGAGGGCGGGCCCCGGAGCUUCCCGUGUAGGGCGCUGGACUGA